UCCCAAAAAAAAAAGAAAAGAAAAGAAAAAGAGCACCAAAUUUCACCUCUCAAAAAGCACUUCCCGCCAUUUCUCUUAGCUCCUCCGAAAUGGGGUAAACAAAACUGAGAAAUUAGGGCUAAACAGCAAUCUUAGCUGAAACCCAUUUCUCAAAAUUACUGAAAUUCUCGAAAACCCAAUUGAAUUCACUAGAGAAUAUGGGUAUACAAGGCCUUUUGCCCCUUUUGAAAUCGAUAAUGUUACCAAUAAACAUCAAAGACUUGAAUGGCUGCAGUGUUGCUGUUGAUACAUAUUCAUGGCUGCAUAAAGGUGCCCUUUCUUGCAGCAAAGAGCUCUGUAAAGGGAUUCCUACUACCAAGCAUAUUGAUUAUUGCAUGCACAGAGUGAAUUUGUUGCGCCAUCAUGGUGUCAAACCUAUUCUCGUGUUUGAUGGAGGUCCCUUACCAAUGAAGAUUGAACAGGAGAACAAGCGGGGAAGGUCUAGAAAGGAAAACCUUUCUCGUGCAAUAGAGCAUGAAAAUAAUGGAAAUAUGACUGCUGCUUAUGAGUGCUAUCAGAAGGCUGUUGAUAUAUCACCUUCAGUGGCUCACGAUCUAAUACAGGUCCUAAAGCGGGAAAAUGUAUGUUAUGUAGUGGCUCCUUAUGAAGCAGAUGCCCAAAUGACCUUUUUGGCCAUCAGCAAACAGGUUGAUGCUGUUAUAACUGAGGACUCAGAUUUAAUAGCAUUUGGUUGUCCUAGGAUCAUUUACAAAAUGGAUAAGUUUGGGCAAGGUCUUGAGUUUCGGUACUCCAAGCUGGAACAAAAUAAGGAACUGAGUUUAACAGGUUUCACAAAGCAGAUGCUUCUUGAGAUGUGCAUCUUGAGUGGUUGUGACUAUUUGCAGUCCUUGCCUGGAAUGGGGCUCAAAAAAGCUCAUGCACUUAUAAAAAAGUUCAAAAGUUAUGACAAAGUCAUUAAGCACUUGAGGUACAAUACUGCUGCAGUUUCUCCUAUGUAUGAAGAAUCUUUCAGAAAAGCAAUUAUGACCUUCCAGCAUCAACGAGUUUAUGAUCUCAUGACUGAAGAUCUAGUUCAUUUGUCCGAGCUCUCUGAUCUUGGUAGUCAAGAUCUAGAUUUCCUAGGCCCGCUGAUACCUACAGAAGUAGCUCAAGGAAUAGCAAAAGGUGACAUUGAUCCUUUCACUAUGAUGCCAUUUCAGAAAGAAUGCAACACCGCUGAACUGGUGGAUAGCAGAAGUUAUGAACUGAAUGACUUCAAAGUGGAAGGUGAAAGGAGGAAGCUUGAUUUGCCUGCACAGAAAAAUCUCCUAACCAACUACUUCUGCACUGCUUCUCUUGAAGCAAAACAGAAAUUUAGGGCCCCAAGGACUAGCCCUAUCCUUCCGAAUUCAGAGGUUGGAGUUUCAAGCGCUUGGGCAGACAGUAGAAAGGGAGCCGAUUCGUAUAAAUUCGGGAGCUUGUCAAUGUCCUCCCCUGAUCCUCUGGUGGAUGAUGAUAUUCACUUGAAAGCUUCCAUGUGUUUGGAGUCAAAAUGUCAAGGAAUUCUGUUAGAGGAAGAAAUUGAAAAUGGCCUAGGACUACAAUCUGUUCCACUACAGCAUUCAAUAUGUAAACCCUGCAUCACAUUGCAUAAGGAGCAUGCUCUGGAUUUAAGUGAGAACAAGAUACGAGCAACAAAAAAAAAAGUGAUAGUGAGGAGCAGCUAUUUUUUGAAGAAUAACAAGAAGGAAGAUAUUCAAGAUGAUAAGAGUGAGAUAAAUGUGGUUGCCAAUGAUAAAUCUCAUAGCAGCAUUCGGGAGAAUGAUUAUGAUUCUAUGUCAGAUGCAAUGAACGGAGCAGUCGUAGCAGCAGUUAAAAUUGCCAUUCCACAAAGUUCAUUUUUUCUGUCCAAUUUAUCUGCCCAAAAUGUUCCUGGAGGUGAUGCUGAACAGAAAGAGAACAAAAGAGGAAUAGUUAGGAGUUCUUAUUUUCAGAAGAACUUGGCAAAUGAAAAUUCUCAGGGCAACUUGGAUGUUGCAGCUGAGAUGGCUUCAGGAGAUGACUGCUCUGAAAGGAGAUUAAAGAAAAGGAAGGUUACCUUCAUUGACACUGUUCAAACUGAUAAUGCAAGUGAUGAAUGUUUAGAGGCUGACACAUCUGGCAGUCAAGGCGACUUCAACUCCAACCUAGAUGAUUCAACUAAGGAGACAAAGGAUGGACAAAGGAAAUUCGGUUCCAACAUAUCUCAUUUAGGACAUUAUUCUCAAAUAUCAGAGAAAUCAAUGGACAAUUUUGUUUCGGUCAUAUCUUCAUUUAGAUACACCUCAAAUGGUUCUCGAGCCAGUGGGCUCCGAGCCCCUCUAAAAGAUAUUAAGAAUACCAGCACUAAUAGGUCCGCUAGUAACAUGGAUCUAAGCAAGUUUGUGUACAAGCCAACAAAGCAAAAGCAAUUAUCAGCAUGUCGUAAGGUCUAAACCUUGCAACUACACUGCCUGCGUUUGUAUAAACUGGAUUCGGCAAUUGUCAACUUGAUAUCUAUGAGUUACAAUCAACUAACAGCUCUUGCUAAAUAUACAUUUUGUAAGGAUCAGCUCUGAUUGGGAUAUCUUUUCGUUUCAUUGGCUGCCUGAAAUUUGAAGGCUUACUUAACAUUGGUUUUCUAUUUUUAUUACUCAUUUCUUAUGAUUCUUCUCCACCUUAUAUUUUUAGUCUUCUCAAUUCCCAUAUUUGAGAUGCGUUUACGGAAUAUUGAAGUUUCUCAAAGAUCAAUAAACAGUUUUAUAUGGAAUUGUUAUCUGA